UGUAGCACUGCGUACGCUCUAACUGCAACCUGCGCUUCGGAGGGCGAGAGAUGUGUUGAGAAUAUCGGAAUUGAUUUCAUCAUAAAGUAAGGAUUUUACUGACAUAACUGUGCAGGAGUUCAAUUUGUGAAGCAUGGAUGCGUUUAGUAACACAACACAGAAUGAUAGUGAAAACUUCGGCACAAACAAAGCAACAGACAAUACUUUGGUCGUGGUUUAUACCUUCAUUGGCGUUUGUGGUCUGUUCGGAAACCUUCUGGUCAUCUACGUCAUAUUAAAUUCACCGAAGAUGAAAACGGUAACCAAUAUGUACAUUUUUAACCUAGCGUUAUCAGAUUUGAUAUUCUUAUGGCAUAUCAUUUUUGUAAUUAUAACUACCAUUGUAAAACACUGGGUAUUCGGAGAAGCCAUGUGUAAAAUUUACAACGUGAUUGCAUCCAUUUCCAUGUUUUCCAGCAUUUUGACGUUAACAAGUCUAAGUGUCGAUCGCUACAUAGCAGUUUGUAAGCCGGUUAUAUCACAAAAAUAUCGGAGACCAAUAAGAGCUGUAUUCGUGAUCAUCUUCAUAUGGGUUCUUUCAUUUCUGUUCUCAAUGGCAAUCAUUUUGUAUUCGAAAAGAGUCCCUCAAAAGUUGGAUGGGAAAUAUUCAUGCCAAGUGGAUUGGCCUCAUGUAGAGUUUCUUCCAACUUACAUAAUUUAUACAUUUAUUGUGGGAUUUGCAGUUCCACUGUGCUUCAUUGCUACAUUCUACACUUGUGUUAUUAUUCAUAUGAAAAGAUCAGGACCCGCCAAUCGACAAAGAUCAACAGAGCAAAGAAGGAACCACAGAAAAGUCACAUAUCUUGUAUUGGCCAUCAUUUUGGUGUAUAUAAUCUGUUGGCUACCAUAUUGGGUCUUUCAAAUAACAUUAGUUGUGUUCAGUCUGUACGAUACCGUAGUUAACAACGUGGCAAUAUUCCAUGUGUGUACAGUCUUACAAUUUGCCAACAGUAUGGUCAAUCCUAUUUUGUACGCUUUUCUGAGUGAAAACUUUCGAAAUAGAUUCAAAGAGGUAUUUAAAUGUCCUUGUAUUUUCAAGGAACGCGUUCGAUACAUCUUACGGGAAGGAAGAGAAAACAGAAUGGAACUUGAUUCCUUGCGUAGAAAUGCUAGUGAACAAACCGAGGCCGAAACCCACCAGGACGACCAACGCAGCAAUCCGCAUGUUGAACAAAAAGACAAUGGGGGUGUUUACACAGGUCUAUGAAAAACUAUCUAGGAAUCGUCUGCUUCGAUAGCUAAGAUUUCUGUUGGUAGAUAGCUGUUACUUUCAGAAUGACAUGAAGGCAUAAUGUGUGUACUUACAUAUGUGUCUACCAAUCACGGUUAAUCGGAACACACUAACGGUAAAUUUAGUUCAUGCAGGGUAUGUAUGGCAACCACGGGUGUAUUAUUGAUGAUUGGUAAAUUGUGUUAAUACCAUGUUGACUUAAUCAGAUCAUGUAAUUGAGUAUGCGUUUGUCAGCGUUAAAUCCAAUCAGAAGUCAAAAGACGAUUUGGUACAUAGUGUAAUUAUAGUAAGUAGUAACUACAAAUAUGAACUGUAUUCGAAAAUCAUACAGAGUAUUUGAUACAAGGUUUAAUUAUUGGAUAUGAUAUAUAAAUCCAUGUACAAUAAUACAACGACGACUAUAGAUGUGAAGACACGGAAUACAGGAAACAUUUUGUAAAUCUUUCAGGUAUUACUCUACAUCGUCAUAAUGGCUGACUUCCUUUAAAAACAUGGAUGAAAAAAUCGAUAUCAGCAAUAUUUGUCUUUUCCUUUUCCAUUUAAAUACCUAGCCGAGUAGCUCAGUGGGUUUGAAUACCGACUGCUGAACUGUAGGUCGCAGGUUCGAGUCCAGCAGGGGUUUUAAAUUUUUUUCAGAUUACCUUCUACUAAAACUGUAUUUUUUGACUAAAUAAAGUAAAUUUGAAAAUUUUCAACUUCAAAAUAGUGUUGUACAUAUCCUCCACUUUUCAUCUACAUCAAAUUUCUCUGGUGUAGCAUACCUCCUUAAAUUCUACUCGAUGAACACGUUAAAACCUCGUCUCAGUAAUACAUCUAUUGUUAGUCUUGUAUAUAAUAUUUUGUGACUUUCAAGUAUUUCACCAUUUUUACUGAAGUUCAUAGUGUGGGGGGGGGGGGGGGGUUAUAAUUUGAAUUCGAUGAACUGUCAUCUCGUAUUAGUUUUGUCUCAACAUACUGCAGUACAAUUUCAUCGCAUUUGAAUUUCACUAUUCUCAAGUUUGUUUAUUAGAUGAAUCUUAAUGUGUUUUGAAUUCGUUCAAAGAAAACAAAUGCGAAAGAGGUGAAUAUGGAACAAUGGCGAAUGUUUUCCGGCCUAUAUUGAUUACGCUGAUCUUCUCGCAACACGACAACCAAACCUGAAGAACGGUAACAAAAUGACUGUGUCGUGUUGAGUUAUAUUUACACCAAUGCUUGUAAGUAAUAAAUCUGCGCUGUAUCAGUGAACUUUAUUUCUUCGGAGAAGCUUUCAUCUUCAUACAAAUCUUAAAUAUCUUUAAAGGAGAAAAGACACCAUUUGAGCUGAAAAUUUUUCAAAAGGUGUUGCACGUCUCAUGUUAAUUUCCCUAAAGGUGUUGCAUGAAAGAUCGGUAAAAUUAAGUUAUUCAAAUAUAUUAUAAAACCAAUUGGAACUUAUGUCUUGAUUCAAACAUUUGUGAAAAUAAGUUUAAAAGACGAGUAUUGACAAAAAUUAGCCAAAAUAAUUCGAGUUUAAAUCAAGCAAUAAGUGAUUUAUAUGAUUUUUAGCUUUAAAAUGGAGGGGUAUCCCCGAAUUUCAGGAAAAACUGCCUCCAUGAAACAAAAUAAAUUUAGCAUGAACAUGUUCUUCAAGUUUUUCAUUAAAAAACUGUCGCUUUAAAAUUUUGUCUCACGAAGGCAUAUUUCUUGUAAGUUUUAAAAAAUCUAAAGGACUUCAUUGAUAUUAUUUUGAACUUCACCUGUACGUUAAUUUUCCUUUGUAAUGUAUGGUCUACUGCGUGGUUCAGUGGCUAUGGUGAUCGACUUUUAUAUGUAAAGAUGUUUUCUUUUUUAAAUCGACCAGGUUCGAAUCCUUCACGAACACAAUUUUUUUUUCAUAUUACGUUUUCCACCUAGAUUUUUUUCUUAAUUGAAACACUCUUCUAGUUUUUAUAAAUGUUUCUUGUCAAAUCUCUGUUUAUUACAAUGUGCUGAGUUUGAAAUAAACUUCCAACCUGGACACUGUUUAGUUUGUGAAUAGGACUCGCAAUUAGCACCCCGAAUACAGCAUGCAAUACCUGUGUUUUAAUAGUCAAAGUUGUAUGUUUUUCGGAGUGAAAGGUGUUGACAAAUGCACGGUGUCUUUUACGAAAAACCAUUGUGAACUUUGCAAAGCUUUGAAAGAAAUUUUUUAAGGCCAAACAAGGUGAAAAAAAACCGUUAAACAGUUUAAGUGGAUAAGAUGAUAUGUAUUUCAGUAGCAAAUUGCUAUAAUGGUAAAUCAAUGUUUUCAGAUGCAUGUACUUCGAAUUAUGUUGAACUUCAUUAAUGCGUACUAAACUUCCCAUAUUUUGUUUUUGGUCAGAGUCAUGUACAGUUGCCUAUUGUUGGUUGUAGAAAAUAAUACAUAUAAGUAUAAGAGCUUUUAGACUGUAGUAGUAUAGAAUAUUAAAUAUUUGAUACAGUCGUAACAUGUAACCGUAUACAUUGUAUCUGAUACUCAGAAGAAGAAAAAAGACAAUUUAAUUUUCACGAUUUGAAAAAUUAUGUUUAGACUACAUGUAUAAUGUAUUGACACAUAAAAUGUAUUAGGCUUGCCCUUAGUACUGGGGAAACCUACAGAUAUUUAAAUGGCAUAUACGCAAUAAGAGUAUAAAUAUGGAUGAAGGUCAGUUCUACGUCACGAGUGUGGCACGGAGCUCCGAUUGGGGAAAAUUCCCGCUUCGGUGCAACACCUUCUUUAUUUUUUCAAUUUCAAAGUUUAAAAUGCUUAAUCAAUGUAUUUCUAUUGGUCAACCAAACUUUGAAUAUCAGUUGUUGAGUUACAAGUGAGAAACAGCACUUACAAUUCUCUGUUAUGUAAGCAAGGCUCGUGCCAUGUUUUUGUUUACAUACAGCUUGAUUAAUAGAAAAUAGCAUGUUUAAGGUAUUCAAUGUAUAAUGACCAUAUCUCAUAUCUAAUAAAGUGAUGGUGGAAUAAUUGUAAUUAUGGUGUCAUUUUGAAGGGUUCAUCAAAUAAAAAUAAUGCACCAUAGGAAUUUUCAAAA